CGGUUUCGUGAUUUUGACAGAUUUUGUCCAAGUAUAGUUGCCGUACAAUUUCCGAUGCACUCCACUUCCGUAUACGUUUUCUGUUAUCGCAUGAGCUUCACAUUAUAAUUCUCUCCGAAUGAGCACGGAAUGUACGUAAUCCUCAGCAUAGAACACGCCACCAGUAUUUUACCAGAGAAAACUAUUUAUUAACUAAAUCCCCGUGUCGGGAUAAACUCGUCUCAAUGUACUUUGAAGCUUCUCACCCGCGCUUAGCUUGCUAGCUGCAAACAAAAAGAGACGCGUUUGUUCGCGACGCAUCGCGAAGCAGAGCUAAAGAGUGUGAAGUUCUGUGAUCAUCCUGUGAAAUGUGCGCAAAAGACGUGAAAGAGUAUUACGAGGAGGAACUUUGUCGAACCAAAGAGGAGAACGAGCGACAACGUCAACUUCUGGACCCUCUUUUCAAGACGCCUCGAGACUUUUUACCCGGUGCAGACAUCAGUCGAGAUUUUCAUGUUGAGGAGCAUGAGCAAGAGACCUCCCACUUAAAAGAGGAAGAGGAGGAGCCAGAGGCCCCUGACCCAUUGUCAGAGCAGGAGAAGGAACAGCCCCUGUAUAUUAAAGAAGAAGAGGAAGAGGCCGAGAUCACCAUGUUGCCCUUUAACUGUGUCAUUGUGAAGAUUGAAGGUGAUGAUGAAAAAAAAGAAAGUGAUGCUGACCACUGUGGAAAAUCGCAAGUAGACAGCUUCUUAGCUCCUUUAUCAGAUAGUGACAACACAACGACCCACUCUCCUGACACUGAUCAUGAACGCUAUAACGUUGAUGUGACAUGUCACACUGAAGACAAACGCUGGCAAUGUUCUCAGUGUGGGAAAACCUUUGAUGCCAAGUAUACUUUAAAAGUACACAUGAGAACACACACUGGUGAGAAACCUUUUUCUUGCUCUGUCUGCAACUUAAGUUUCAGUGUUCGUUCGUCAUUGGUUAAUCACACGAGAACACACACUGGGGAGAAAAGGUACACCUGCUCAGUCUGCGGUAAGAGAUUUGCUCAGAAGGGACAAUUGACGACACACACAAGAAUACACACAGGCGAGAAACCUUAUGUCUGCUCUGUCUGCAACUUAAAUUUCAGUCUUCGUUCAUCAUUAGUUAAGCACAUGCGAAUACACACAGGAGAGAAACCUUACGCCUGCUCAGUCUGCAAUCUAAGUUUCAGUAUUCGUUCAGGUUUGGUUCGCCACUCAAGAACACACACAGGUGAGAAACCUUUUGCCUGUUCAUUGUGUGGGAAAAGAUUCACUAUAAAAGGAAGCUUAAUAACACACACAAGAACACACACCGGAGAGAAACCAUUUGCCUGCCCAAUCUGCCACUUAAGUUUCAUUGACCAUUCAGGAUUGCUUCAGCACAAGAGAACUCACACUGGAGAGAAACCUUUUGCCUGCUCAAUUUGUGGCAAAACAUUCUCUUUAAAGGGAAAUUUAACAACACACACAAGAACACACACUGGAGAAAAGCCGUUUGCCUGCUCAGUCUGUGUGUUAAGUUUCACUGAUCGCUCAGGCCUGUUAAAACACAUGAGAACACACACUGGGGAGAAAGAGUUUUCUUGCUCAUUGUGUGGUCAACGAUUCUCUCAAAGAGGCACCAUGACAAGGCACUAUAAAAGACACACUGGUGAGAAACCAUUCAGUUGUAGUGUGUGUGACAAAAGAUUCUAUGAUAAGUAUGAGAUUAAGAAACACAAGUGUGCUAUGGCGAAUAAAGCAGAAGUCAGUGAUGCAGCAGGACUUUAAAUGAACUUUAAACUAGUUCAGUAAGUUUGAGGUGCUGGAAUAAGAUGAAAUAAAUAUAAAACAUACAAUUUAAAAAAAACAAGGUGCCACAUGGUCAUCAGGUUAUUGCAAUGCCUCCGAUUAACUAAAUGUUAAUUGUGACCUGAUAAUGAAUACUACAUUUGUUUCUUGAGGUCCAUCAACUGUGUUGCUCAUAUUGCAGUACACUAUGCAAAUAUUCAUGUUGUCAUGUUUACAAUUAUAUUUAAAUUGAACUUGCUUUAUAUUGCGUUCUUAAAUAACAGAUAUUUUAUUUUUAAUGACCACUGCAUACUUGCCUUUUUAACUGUUGCCUCUGACUUAGUGUACAUAAUAACUGUGUUUGUUUUGCUUUAGUGCAGUAUCUUUAUAAAACUGGACACCAGAAUUUCCUCCUGCUUCAAUAAAGUACGGUGUUAUUUCUACCAUGCAUUUGGGAAAUUUCAAAUGUAUUUCUUUUCCACUAUGAAGAUAAAGCUUUCGUCUUGCCACACUGCCCCGUAGUGACACGCAGCUCCUUCAAUGUUGCUGUCAGCCUUCUGACAGUCUACCUAGACAGUUAUGUUCUUCUUAUAUCUUCUCAUCUUUUCAUUCAUUUAGGAGGGACAUCCAGUUGUCGGUCAUGUCACACUUGUACCAUAUUUUCUGCGCUUGAGGAUGAAUGUCUUUACUGUGAGCUAUCGUGACGAUUCUAAGCACAAACUAGCUAGCUCUGACUACACAGUUCAGUAAUUCUGAGUUGCAAAGAAAGAAUACGG